ACAGUCAGACUGUAGCUGUUUGAAAGGAAAGAAAUUAAAAUCUGGAAAUAGCAAUCCUUAACCUCAGAGCUCACUAUCACCAUUGUCACCUCCAUGAUGUCGCAUCUUCCGGUAAAGAUAAUCACCGAGAUAUUAUCCCGAUUACCAGUGAAGUCUCUCUUACGCUUCCUCUGCAUUUUGAAGUCAUGGUACGACCUAACCAAGCAUCCAGCUUUCAUCAAGUUGCAUCUCCACCGCUCCAUCGAGACUAACAGAGAUCGCACCCUCAUCUUCGGUAAAACCUACAAAGCUUGCAGAAGUUACAGUGCUGUGCCUCGUUAUUUUGUCUCUAUCCAUUUCCCCUCCGAGAAUCACUUCGACAAGGGCUUAAAACUUCUAGUGUGCCUUGUUGCUUUUGAUCUUGCCACCGAGAAAUUCCGGGUCUUUAAAACACCGGUUCAACAAAAAAUUGAUUUGGAGACAGGUUUGGAAGUGUUGAAAGUACAACUCUGUUUUAUUGAGUUAACAAAUGAAUAUAACGAUGUUUGGUUGAUGAAAGAAUAUGGGGAAGCAAGUUCUUGGACUCGGAUUUAUAAAAUGGACCCGUUUUAGGUCUUUCUCGUAUUGCAAACCUUUAAUGUUUUACGAGAAUGAAAAGAAAUGUUUUUUAUUGGAGAUGUGCCAUUUGAAGCAUACGAAACUUGUUUGGUAUGAAAUACAGAAGAAUAGGGGCGAAUCAAUUAAGAUUCAGAAUUUGCCCGAUUCGCUUAGGAAAUUUGGGACAACAACUUGUGUUGGGAGUCUUCUUCUGCUUGAUGGUCAUAAUGUGAUUGAUCCCGUGGAGCAGAAAAAGAAGAAAACGAAUAAGAGAAAGAGGAAAUGAAAGUCCAUCAGAGGUUCCUAGCCUAUUAGGGAAAGCAGUAGAUGAGUUAAAAAAUAAAAAUAAAUAAAGCAAGAACGAUAAAAGGUGAUUGUAUCUACUGAAUCUUUCAAACGUAAUACAUACUGUUAAAUUUGUUGUGUUAAUCAGUCAAACUUGAUC